AUGGCACUCAAGACCCUCAGCGCAAAAGCCGCAGCAGCUCUUGACAAGGACCUCAUGAGCGCAGGCGCCUUUUCCAUCGAUCAGCUUAUGGAACUUGCCGGUCUAUCUGUUUCUCAAGCGGUCUACAAAGUUCAUCCACCCAGCAAGGGCCGCAACAUUCUGGUGGCAUGCGGUCCCGGCAACAACGGUGGGGACGGAUUGGUAGCAGCGCGACAUCUUCAUCAUUAUGGAUACAAGCCGUUCAUCUACUACCCCAAGCGCAGCAAAAAUGAACUUUAUCAGAGAUUGGCCAAACAACUAGAGGACCUUGAAGUCUCAUUUGUCGAUGACUUUCCUAAGGCUUUGCAGACAGCCGAUCAUAUUAUCGACGCCAUCUUUGGCUUCAGCUUCUCUGGCGAAGUGCGUGAGCCAUUCCCGGCGGUGAUUCGUGCUCUCGAGGAAACAAGAUUGCCCGUCACGUCUGUUGACGCACCAUCAUCAUGGGACAUUGAAGAGGGUCCACCCAAGACCGGACUGGGAAGCUCCUUCAACCCUACAGUCCUUGUCAGUCUAACAGCGCCCAAGCCUCUCGUCAAGCAUUUUCAGGGACGUCAUUUUGUCGGCGGACGGGCAGGGAAGUCCCCGAUGGCCCCCGACGUCGACGAUGAAGUGGUGAAAACGUUGACAGCAAUAAUGGAUGGCGGCUGGUAG